GUGGCGAUUCAGGUAAUGAACCCAGCUUGCACCAGCCCAUCGUAGUCGCCUCAAAGUAGAGUAUCACGAUGUUUUUCGGUGUUAACAAGCUUCGAACAUGAAGGUCUAGAGAGAGCUGCCACAUGUGGCUUCCCCAAUCAAUCACUUUUUAGGCAACCUCACCUAUAGCCCCACCUGCACCACCAUCAGCGGCAAAGAUGUUGAACUCAGCGCAUUUGAUCCAUCACAUCAACCUCAAAAUCCACCUCGACUUCCCAGUACAGUAAAGGUCUCGAAACACCAUUUCAGACCAAUUGUGCAUGCUGUCGGGACCCGACCAGCAUGGCGCACAUAACCAAUACUCUAGCAACAGUAGACCAGCUCUACCGGCGCAACACCCUCGACGCUCUCCCCCAAGACCUCCAAGACACCAUUUUCUACGCGACGCAAUGCCUAACUCAAGCAGCCGGCAUCUUGCUUCGCCUCCCGCAAUCAGCCACAGCACAAGCUAAUGUAGUCCUGGCACGAUACUGGCUCGUCGACUCUGCUCUCGCAAACGAGUUCAGCGACGUCUCGGCAGCAACCCUCUUCCUGACCGCAAAGCUCGGCUCCCACCCCUGCCAACCUCGGGAUAUCUGCAACGUCUAUACCUACCUCCUCUCCCCCUCCUCGCCGCUCUUCCAGUUCCCAUCCACCGACCCACCCCCGAACGAUCCAUCCGCGUACUACCUCUCCGAAGGCGCGUACACUGCCUUCCACAAUCGCAUCCUGCGCCUCGAAGCGCGGAUAGUCUACUCGCUCUCCUUCGACACGCACGUCGCCCUCCCGCACCCUCUGGCCAUCACAUACCUGCAGGCCCUGGAUUUUUUAUCCCAGCCGAAAGCCAAGGUCUCGCAACGCGUUGUCGAGUACCUUAACACGGCGCUGCUGUCGCCACAGCUGCUGUACUUGACGCAUCAGCCCAACGCGUUGGCGGUCGCCGCCAUAUACAGCGCUGCGCGGGACGUCGGCGCCAAGAUGCCCGACUGUGCGUGGUGGGAGGUGUUUGAUGUGGACCGGGAGGAGCUGGGGUUCCUGGUUGUGGGGAUGCGCAGCUUGGAGGGGUGGGUGAGGAAGCAGAGGGACGAGGUGGAGGGGUUACUGGGGCAAGGCAUGGUCACAAGAAAGGGGGUUGAGGCGGAGAUGAGGAAAAGGGGUUUAGGUGUUGGGAAUGGGGGAAAUGGGGCCCCUGGCCCCGAGGAGGAAGACGAAGAGGCGGCUAUGAUGAGAAAACUCGACGAAAGAGUCGCUAUGGUCGAGGACUGACAAUAGAUUACACAGCAAAAUAGUCAAAGAUAAUCGGGUGGGUGCAGAAUUCACGUUGAGCCUCGGCGUUGUCUGACG